UCUCAUCUCGUCAACCCUAGGUAAACGACGAUGGUGGUGCACGGCAGAGACCGCCUGAGCGCCCUCCCGGACAAGGCGCUCGCGGGCAUCCUCUCCCACCUCGAGUCCAACGAGGCGGCGCGCGCCUCCGUGCUCUCCAGCCGGUGGCGCCUCGUCUCUGCCGCCGUUCCCGUCGUGGACCUCGUCGACGGCAAGAUCCGCCCUCGGCGCAACGGCAAGCCGGUUUGCUUCGACACGCAGGUGACGGGCGCGAUCAUGUCCAAGGCCCCGGCGACGCCGAUCCGCGUCUUCCGGAUCCGCGCGCUCAAUGCGCCGCCUGACUUGCUCGUCCAGUGGAUCGUCAUCGCCGCCUCCUCCGGCGCCGAGGAGGUCGACGUCGAGCUACGGUACCGGCAUUACUCCAACCGCACGCUCUGCCCCUUCGGCCGAUCCGAGAAGGCCUCGGCCGACUUCGACCGCGAUGUCAGGGGCAGGUUCUACCGGACGCCGCGCCAGCUGUUCCGGUGCGGCACGCUCCGCCGCCUGCGCCUCACCAACUGGACGCUCGACCCGCCCCGGGGAGGCGUCGUCGUGGCGUCGCUGGAGACGCUCUACCUCAGGCGGAUCAUGGCGCCGGACGGGGCGCUGCAGCAGCUGCUCUCGAGCUGCCCGCGGCUCGCCGACCUCACGCUGGAGGAGUGCCCGACCGCCACGGAGGUGACGGUGACCAGCGCCCAACUGCGGAGCUUCGCCUUGGUCUGCUGCCACAACGCCAGGCGCGUGGUGCUGCACACCCGGCGCCUGCGGUCGCUGCAGUACAAAGGCAGCCUUCCUCGAGAUUCCUCUCUAUUCUCGAUCGCAAACUACGCCGAGCUGACGGCGGUAACCAUCGAUCUCUGCGAGGACCUCACCGGCAAAGAGAAAAAGGAAGCUGCUCCACUCACGGAGCUCAUCGGCCGGUGCACGAAGCUGUCCUACCUCCACCUCGCCCUGCGCCCAUCAAUGGCACACUUCAGCAGCGAGUUCAUAGCCGUGACCCGCCAUCUCAGGCAGCUGGUCCUCGAGGGGUUCCUGGGCGCCGACCAUGUCGUCAAGUCCGUCGCGGUCCUGCUCGCCAACACCAAGAACCUCGAAGUGUUGACCCUGGUUCCUGAGGUACCCCAGCCGCCAAAGAAGAAGAAACCUUACUACUACUCUGACGACGAGGAGUCAGAAUCGGAAGCUGAACCGGGGAACUGCGUGGACGAGAACCUCGACUAUAGCUCGCUGACCAAGAGCCUGUGGCGGAUGAGCAUCCCCUGCUUGGGCCGUAGCCUGAAAAGGAUCACCAUUGCCAAGUACAGUGGACAUGCCCUCGACAGGAUACUUGCAAAGUUUCUGCUUUCCAAAGCCACUGCUUUGCAGGAUUUCUCGGUGACCUUAUCUGAUAAACUCUCCCCACAGAUGGAGGAGAUUGUACGGGAGUUCAGAUCCUGGCGUUUCAAUCGCCGCACCACAGUAACUUGUAACUAGAUGGAAACACAAAACUUAUGCUGUUGCUUUGUUAUUUCUCCGUAAAAUUCAGUUCUUACAGAGUCGAAACUGAAUCUGAUAGUUGUAAGGUCAUCGAAAUUUUAUUUCCCGUGAUUCUACAUGAGUUGCAAA